AGUUACGUUACUGUUAUGCAAGUCUGCGUCAGUUAUCAAUGCAAUGUGCAGUGUCAUAAACCGCUUGCCUUGCAGACGAAUAGCCAGUACGUUCAUCGACGUUCUGCGCGGACGUGCACUCUAAACGAAUUAUACCUCACGUUCCGUUCCAGACAGUGUUCGCACAGGGGGUUUGUUCUAUUGCAGUCGGACGAGAUGCCGGUAAGGAUUAAUUGGCCCGCGGUGGUGGCGACGGUCAUCCCCAAUGCUGGUGCCUUCGUCGUCAGCUAUUUCGUAAGGAAAAACAUGCACUGGUACGAGUCCUUAAAGAAGCCGUCCUGGAUGCCGCCGGCCUGGUCGUUCGGGCCUGUAUGGACUGGCCUCUAUAGUACAUUAGGCUAUUCGUCGUACAUUGUGUGGAGAGAUGGGGGUGGUUUUGAAGGAGCACAUCUUCCACUUACUACCUACGUCUUCAAUAUCAUCCUCAACUGGUCGUGGGUGCCGUUGUUCUUUGGCACUCGCCGCAUAAAAUGGGCUCUCUACGAGAACGCGGCGUUGUGCAUCAACACGGCAGCACUCCUAAUCCUGUUUCACGAAGUGAACCCCAUUGCCGGCUAUCUCAAUAUUCCCUACUUGUGCUGGAACACCUUCGCCGUGACGCUCAACUAUUUUAUUUAUCGAGACAACAAACAGAUACCUGACGAUGAAGAAGUCGUAGAUGAUAAGAUCAAGGAAGUCGCGUUUUCGUAAACAGAGGGAACGGGAAGAGACGCAGCCAGCUUUUUCUAGUUCGCGUUGAAAAAGGCGUACCUCACAAGCUUAAACUUUACACUAAUGAUGGGCCAACGAGUGUAACACUAAAAAUGAAACAAAGAAUUUAAGGACAUAUAACAUUCACGACAAUUGAUGAAAAAUGUCUAGUCGCCAUAAAACUGAUUUUUUCGAAGACAUUCCCGACAGGAAUAGUUUCUCGGCUAGACAUUUACUGUCUAUUCUCGUGAAUAUUAUGCGCGACUUCGGAUAUUUCAAAAAGAGAGAAAAGGCGGACGCUUUAACGGUGAUUGAAAUUGCUUAGAAAUUCAUGGGAGACAGAUAAUCGAACGCCCAUCAUCAGUUACUUUACUUUUGUAUAAUUAGCGUUACUGUUGCACCAUUGCAGUGCAGUUGAGAACGACGAGACAAGUGCCUUGCAUUGAACGCACAACGCCGUAUAGUAUACACAUGUUUAUUGAUUGAUACGAAAUAAAGGUUAGUUAAUCCGACCAUGCGUACAUUAUACAGUGUACAAUCGUUAUAUCUUAGUCGUUUUGAGUUAAUAAAUCAUACAAAAAAUCUUAAGAAGUCGGUGAAGGGCCGGACAGGAAGGGGAAAAGGGCGUGCAACGGGCUUUCACUUUCUUCGCUAUCUACCCUAUUCCGUAUGGAACUACGGAAAGCUUCUUAAUUAGUCUUGGUAAGAUAGUCAGCCGCUUUGUUCCGUUCUCGUUUAGCGAACAUUAGACGUCAUAAAUUCUUCAUAUAUUCACCAGAUAGACGAUUCUCAUAUUAAUGAAACAAUAAUGUUAUAUUUUUGUAAAUUUCUCGCUGAUAAGAUGAUUUAAAAAUAAAUUAUAUCUUAAAAAUAAAAAAAUCGAAUUCGUUAUCUAGAUCACAUGAUGUUAGCAAAGAUUAGUAAAAUUGUGUCUCAACGAUAAAAAAUUAUUCAAUAUUUAAAUUAUAAAAAUCUUCUGAAAACUUCAAAACUAUCAUUUAAAACUCUAUGUAUACAUAGAUACAUGUAUACAUAGAUACAACUCUAUGUAUACAUGAUAUUUUCAAUUGAUAUAUUUCAUUAAUAUGUUUAAUAUUCGAUAGUUUCGUUUUAUCAUUUGAUCUUACGUUUGAAAUAUAACACGUGUCGAUCAAGCUGUCGAUUAACAUUUCACUUCACCCGUUUACUUAUCACAAAUAUUGCCGUGCUUUUUGUAAUCAAUGCGAUAUUUUUCACCUUUUCUUUUCUUUUUUUUUUCCAAAUCGCAAAUAUACAACUAUUUCAUUUUAAGCACAGAAAAUAUACUACGUAAUGCAGUUAGAAAGAACUGACUUUACGACACGUGUACGAAAAAUCAAUAUGCAUCUCUUUGGGAGAUACUUUUAGAAUGUUCAUCCAGAGAACGGCACAAGCAUCUGUGAACGCCUAUUGUACGUUGAGACGUAUACACCGUGUCUCGGCUUUCAACGCCUUUUGUACAGAAUAGGGCAGAAUAUAUUACAUAAAAAGAGCGAUAUCGAGUGCGGUAAUGGUACGGGCUCGGCUGAUAGUGCGGGCGGGACUCUGCCGCUGCGCUCGGCUGCCGCGUUUCACAAGCGCUACGUGGGCUCGGUCGCGUAGAUGUAGCCCUGCUGCUGCAGCACAUACAGCCGCUUUUCUACGGCGUCUUUGUCUGAAAAUUACCAAGCUGAGUUAAUAAAUUGAAUUAAAGGCAAAUAUAAUUGCAAAGAUUUUCAUAUUUCGGACUGUAGAAAAAGAUAGGAAAAAAAAAAUGUAAUUUUACGCGUAGUAUGUAUAUAUGGCGAGUUCAAAGUCUUAUCACAAAAUAUGCAGAUGUACUUUACUAACUGUAAAGUUUAAAACUGACAAGGUUUUAAUAAACAUAGAUUCUAAAACAA